CCUUCUUAAAGCGGUGAUUGUAGGAAAAUUGCUGCUACGACUUCGAAAACAGAGAAAGAGACAGACAAUAAUUAGAGACUACACAUUGUUCUGUGUCAAUUAUUUUGUUAUUUGAACCGUUGUUAUUUCGUUAAGUUAACCCCCGCAGUAGUUUAUUGACUAAAAACAACCGGAAUAGCCCGACCGGCUUGAUUUGGUCUUCGCUGGGUGGGUUUUAUCCCCGGCUAGUUGGUUAGCCAGCCAGCUAGCUAACUAACGUGAGCAGCAGGCGAGCCUCACAUCAUUUAAACCUACAGAACCUGCUUGGGCUUGGAGCCGUUUGCUUCGUUCUGCGUUCCACGGUUCCACCAUGGAGAAAGAUGCCAGCGAACAGCAGAGGAACGGUGACGCGGCUGCAGACCAGCCCAAGUCAAAGCCUGGAGCCACUGCUCCGUUCAGAUACACCAAGGAAGAGCUUCUGGAUAUAAAGGAGCUGCCGAUUUCCAAUGAACGACCUGAAUGUCUGUCUGAGAAAUAUGACAGUGAUGGCGUCUGGGACCCGGAGAAAUGGCAUGCCUCCCUGUACCCCACCUCAGAGAGAAGCUCCCCAAUUGAAGGCUUUAAAAAGGACUACAUGGAUGAAAGAGUUCAUCUGAAACGCAGAAUCCCAGAUCCCCGUGAGCGGUUGAAGGAGGACGACCUGGACGUCGUGCUCAGCCCACAGCGACGUAGCUUCGGUGGUGGAUGUCAAGGCAACGCUGUAUCCGCAGCCAACAGCCGGCCCCCGGCGAGCCCGCUGGAAAAUAAGGAAAACGAGACUCUCCGUCUCGGAGGGGCUCGCAGAAUUGGCAGCGGGCGCAUCAUCGCUGCUCGGGCCUUUGAGAGAGAAGCUCGUGCAGAGAAGGAGAGGGAGCGGGAGAGAGACUUCAAAGAUAAAAGAUUCAGGAGAGAUUACGGUGACAAGCGCGUGUUUGGUGAAAGGAGGAGGAACGACUCGUACGCAGAGGAGGAGCCGGAGUGGUUCUCCGCCGGCCCCACAAGCCAGUCGGAGACGAUCGAACUCAUCGGGUUUGACGACAAAAUCUUGGAAGAGGACAAACGCAGAAGCAAGCGAUCAAGAAAGCGAACGGACUCUGUGAAGGAAGCGGUGGAAUGCAACGGCGGAAUAGCCGAGGAGCCAGAAGUCCCUCGGCAGUCUACGGCUGAUCAAGAAGUCCCCCAUCCAGAUUUCCUUCCGGAUCAGUCAGCUGGGGACUUUGACUUCAACGAGUUCUUCAACAUAGAGAAAACGAUGCCAGGACUGGCCUCUAUGAUAGAGGAUGUUUUGGGAGAGGGUCCUGUGUCAGUUAGCCGCUUCAGUCAGUGGUUUUCCAAUACCAUGAGCCCUUCAGGCAGCCAGUCCAGCAGUUUGAGGUCCACUCCUCAUGAGGAGCUGGAAAAACUUGCAGGGCUCGACCCACGUUGCACACCUACCAGCCAAGGGUCUGCGCCGUACUUCACACCUAUUCAGCCAUCGGAGGGCAAAGACAAAGUGGACAUCGUGGAGCUGCUGCACAAGGCCAAAAUAGACCUGAAGCCCCUCCUGUCCACGCUGUCCGUCAACAAAGCACGGCUACGAGAAAGCACCAACUCGGGGGUGGUGCUCUCUCUGGAGGAGGUUGAAGGCGAGAUGAAGGGAAUGAAGCUCUGCUCAGAACCACACGUGCGGAAGGUGUCCCCUCCACAGGGGGGGAACGGCACGCCCUUCAUGGCCGAGCACCUGGAGGAGGCUCUGACCGGUGGCUCUCUGAGCCGGCCUCGCUGCCGCGACACAGACAUGUCCGCCUUUAAUAAACUGGUCAGCAGCAUGAAGGCAAGUGGAACUCUGCCAACUCACCCCAAACUCAACACAAACAAUCAACCUUCAGAUCCAAGCGUGGUGCCGCUGUCUGGUCAUGUACCUCCUCAGCAACAGAAAAAUAUAUUUCAGGAGCUCCUCGGUGUUCGUAGUAACUCCCCGACACCUUUAGGCGGUCUGAUGGGCAACUCUGAGGCCUCGGUGACUUCUGGCCAUCAUGGCCUACUGCAUAAGGGCCCGUCACCCCCUCUGUUUCCACAGAGGGCCCCCUCACCUGAUUACUUCAAUAACAGGAUGCAGCCUCCUGCAGGAUUUCCUAUUGGUCCUCACGGUUUGCUGCCAGAACAGUUUGCUGACAUCCACAGGUCCAUGAGUCCUUCUCAGCAGCAGAUGAGGGCGCGGUCUCUACCUGUGAAUCAGGCUGACCUGGAAGUCCUGGCUCUCCAGCAGGACCUUGCUCUUCAUGCCCACCAAUCAUUUCAGUCGGGCUACAAGCACCUACAGGACAGGUCUUUCAGAAAUAGGCCGCAGCGUGUCAACCGUUCCCCUGGACCUCCGCCUGCUGGAAGGACCUCACCAGGCAACGCCGGCAUUAGCAUGCUAUCCCCGUCGUUUACGCCCACAUCUGUGAUCCGUAAAAUGUACGCGUCAAAAGAGAAAAGCAAGGAUGACCAGUCGGCUCGUUCAGAGACUAAGGAGGAAGCAAAUCUAAACUCACAAGAUGGCGGUAGCUCUCCUAACCACCUCCUGGAAUCAAUGGAUGGUAAUGUUGCCCACUCAGUGGGGGUGAAGAUCAACUCCCAAACCCUGCAAAAUAAAGACCAAGAACGUCUCAGGCCUGGCUCCAGCGGACACCACAUGCCUCCGAUGGCGCCUCCGGGGUCGUCUUCAUCCUUUCCCCGUCCCAUCUACCCGGUACCGCUUCUGUCCCACGUCCCCAUGGUGCGGCCUCCUCCUCAGCUCCACCCCAACGUGGUUCAGAGGAUGCUCGCACAGGGGCUCCCGCCCCAGCAGCUUGGACCUGCCCUGAUGCAAGCAGGAAUCUUUCCACCGCAUGUUGACCUCGCACAACUUCAAGGCUUACCUCCGGCCCUGUUGGGACAGCCGCUUUAUCCGUUAAGUGCAUCAGGACUUCUACCUCCCAGGGCCAAUACUCCAAUGCAGUUAGCAGUCAUGCAGCACCAGCAGCUUCAGGGGCAGAGACCGAUGCAUGCCGGCGUACCAGGUGCUCAGUCACAAAGCCAGGGCCUCCACCGGACAAACGGCUCCCAGCGACACGGGGCUAGCCCCCCUCCGGGCCUCGCCAAGUGGUUCGGCUCAGAUGUGCUGGAACAGCCGCUGCCCUCCAUGCCGGCUAAAGUCAUCAGUGUAGAUGAAUUGGAGUUCCGCCCUUAAGAUAAUUAAUCAUUUGCUGGAAAGUGAUGUUUUUUUUUUUGUUUGUUUUUUUUUUUCCCCCUCUGCCCAUCUCCACUUCCUGCUUACCAUGACAAUGUGAACUUUAAUUUGAAAGAUGGUGCACAAUGGGACACUGUAACAAUGCUUUAUUUGAACAGAUGAGUGGAGAUUUAUUUUGCCAGCUCUGUUGUUUUUUUUUUUUUUUCUAUUAGUAAAUAAUGUAAAGGCUCAAUUGUACAGACCAUGAGAGAAUCUUAUUCUGUGUAUAUAGCUUUUUUUUUUUUUUUUUUCCUUGUUUGUUCUCCUCUAAACUUGGGAGGGUGAAGUAGUCCUGCAGUUGAACUUGAAACGGGAGAUGAAUCCGGUAGCAUUCCUUUGUAGUGUCCAUCUUAACCUCUCUGCGAUGAUCAGGGCCGCUGCUGGAGAGCAAUGGUUGGGUAUUUUGAAUUAAUUGGUGCACCCUCCACUAUAUAUUGAGGCAUCCCUAGUGGCUUUUUCCCUGAAGAGGUUAUUUAUGGUUAAACACUGCAGGAGGAUGCAACAAGCUGGUUGUGCCUUUAUCUUUAUUUUUUGUCGUCUCCUCCCCCUCCACCCACUCCCCGGGUUUCCCUUAAUUUCUUCCACUGUAUAUUCUCUCCAAUCCUGUCACAAGAAUUCAGCACUGCUCACUGUCAUUUGAGGGUGUUUGGGAUUCAGCUCUUGUGCUAUUAAGUUAUAAGAAGCACAAAUAGAAUUAAUAAAUAAAACCUUGAGUAAAAAAAAAA